AUGUAAGACGUAGCACACCGGUCGGGAAAUGCAUUCCUUUGCUAUGAAUAGACCGAGCGAUAUUCAUGUGCAUCCACCUGUUGCUGCACUGGCCAGCCUGCCACGGCCUCGUCGUGGAGGAAGGGGCUCGCGACAUGGCGCCCCGCGAGACGAUGGAAACCCCUGCCCGUCGUCCACUUUCUAUUAUUACACCGAGGGAGAGACAGCCGCUCGUCGCGUUCCAGGCGUGUCCAACCGCUCCGCGUCUCUCGGAGUCACCCAGCUGGCUGACCGGCCGUAUAAGCGUACCCUGCCCGGACGAGUGUCCUAGCAUCGCACCGCACCGGCUACCUCCCCUCUCCAUCUCUGCGUGAUGGACGCCCGCCUCGUCUUCCUCCUCCUCCUCGCGGCCGCGGCGUCCGCGCCGCUGGCCUCCGCGCAGCUCUCGGCGGAUUUCUACAAGACGUCGUGCCCCGACGCCGAGAAGAUCAUCUUCGACGUCGUCCAGAAGCGGUUCAAAGCUGACCCCGGCACCGCCGCCGGCCUCCUCCGCCUCGUCUUCCACGACUGCUUCGCAAACGGCUGCGACGCGUCCAUCCUGAUCGACCCGAUGUCGAACCAGGCCUCCGAGAAGGAGGCCGGCCCCAACGUCUCCGUGAAGGGCUACGACGUGAUCGAGGAGAUCAAGACGGAGCUGGAGAAGAAGUGCCCGAACGUGGUGUCGUGCGCGGACAUCAUCUCGGUGAGCGCCCGCGACUCGGUGAAGCUGACGGGCGGGCCCGAGUACGCGGUGCCCCUGGGACGGCGCGACUCGCUCGUGUCCAACCGCGAGGACGCCGACAACCUGCCGGGCCCGGACAUCGCGGUGCCCAAGCUCAUCGACGAGUUCGACAAGCAGGGCUUCAACGUCGAGGAGAUGGUCGCGAUGCUGGGCGGCGGCCACAGCAUCGGCGUCUGCAGGUGCUUCUUCAUCGAGACCGACGCGGCGCCCAUCGACCCCAAGUACAAGAAGACGAUCAGCGACGCGUGCGACGGCAAGGACUCGGGCUCCGUCCCCAUGGACUCCACCUCGCCCAACGACCUGGACGGGAGCUACUUCGGCCUGGUGCUGGAGAAGAAGAUGCCGCUCACCAUCGACCGCCUGAUGGGGAUGGACAAGAAGACGGAGCCCAUAGUGAAGGCCAUGUCGGACAAGACCACCGACUUCGUCCCGAUCUUCGCCAAGGCCAUGGAGAAGCUCAGCGUGCUCAAGGUGCUCACGGGGAAGGAAGGCGAGAUCAGGAAGACGUGCUCCGAGUUCAACAACCCGCAGAACAGCAGCGGCAGCACGUCGGUGAUACGGAUCAGCUCCAUCGACCCCGACCAGAUGGCCGGGCUGUCGCAGCCAGGGUCGUCGUCCAGGAAGGUGGGCCCUCCUCCCGUCGAGGAGGAAACACCCGCCAUGGUGGCGACCGAGGCGGCCGCCAAGGUUCCGGGUGGUGUGGUCGUCAGCGUCGGAGGAGGACAGCAGCCGGCCGCCCAAGCGUCAGGCCAGGAGAAGGUGGCGGAUACGCCCGGCCCCAAGCUCCGCGGAAGCCAGGAGACUGUGAACCCGGCCCCGGUGGUGUCCGGCGCCGGCGCCGAGGAGGCCGACAAGCAGGAGGGGGCGGCGGCCCUGGAGGAGAAGAAGAAGAGGAACAUGGCCAAACUCCGCGGCGGUGCCUAGGCCCAGCAGAGCAGAUGGAUCGGAGCAGGUGCCUAGGCCCAGUCUGCCAGGCCGCGCUGCGCUCCCGUCAUCAUCUAUUCAUCUCCUCACCCAGAUUUUGCUUCCCUCGCUCGCUCUCUCAUUCGUUUGUGCAGCUGAUUACGCUAGGUCUAUUUACGCAACUGUCGUGUGUCGAAUUUUAACAGCGACGGCCAUGCACCAAACCCCCACCCCACACAUCAUUUUCUUUCUUCCUUUCUUUUGAUUCGACGACGCCUGUGAUUCAUGCAUGCUCUCGAUCGAGGCAAAGCUGUUGUAUGUUGUUAUGGUGUACUGUUUUUUUUAUUAUUUAUAAAGUUUUGAUAAAAAACAUGUAAACAAAACAAUCACAUACAUCAUUCAAGGAUACAAGGAACUACAGUAUUUGUUA